CUGCCAUGUUUAUUCAUGCCGGGCAAGAUGGCGGCGACUCAGGCGAUGUGUUAUUGCCAGUGGACAUAACCAGGCAUUUCAUUCUAAAUACAAAACCCAGUCAGAUACAUUUAUUCACGCGGGCGUAUCGUGCGAGUGUUUCCCGCUCGUGCGUCUUUUUGUUAUUUUUUUAUUUUACGCGUUCCCACGUAUUUCCUUCUAACAAAAAAAAGAAAAAAUGUUCACGCUGUAGCUCGCUCGCUAACCGACCAGCUGGCUAACACAGAGCAGCCGCUAGCUAGCUACCACAGCCGAGCCGCCGUCAAGAGUAGAAUGGGCGAAAAGCUGGAGCUGAAGCUUAAGUCGCCGGUUGGAGCAGAACCUGCUGGCUAUCCGUGGCCCUUACCAGUAUACGAUAAACACCAUGACGCUGCUCAUGAAAUCAUUGAAACCAUCCGGUGGGUGUGUGAGGAGAUCCCAGACCUCAAACUGGCCAUGGAAAACUACGUACUCAUUGACUACGACACCAAGAGCUUCGAGAGUAUGCAGAGACUUUGUGACAAGUACAACAGGGCCAUCGACAGCAUUCACCAGCUGUGGAAAGGGACCACCCAGCCCAUGAAGCUGAACAAGCGUCCUUCCAACGGGCUGCUGCGACACAUCCUGCAGCAGGUGUACAACCACUCGGUCACCGACCCGGAGAAGCUGAACAACUACGAGCCCUUCUCCCCCGAGGUGUACGGGGAGACCUCCUUUGACCUCGUGGCUCAGAUCAUCGACGAGAUGGAAAUGAUGGAAGACGACACCUUUGUAGACCUCGGCAGUGGAGUUGGGCAGGUAGUUCUGCAGGUUGCUGCGGCGACCAACUGUAAACACUACUACGGUGUAGAGAAAGCAGACAUUCCAGCUACCUAUGCAGAGAGCAUGGAUAAAGAGUUUAAAAGGUGGAUGAAAUGGUACGGGAAGAGACACGGGGAGUACACAUUGGAGAGAGGUGACUUUCUGUCUGAAGAAUGGAAGGAAAGGAUCGCCAACACAAGUAUUAUUUUUGUGAAUAACUUUGCCUUUGGUCCAGAGGUAGAUCACCAGCUGAAGGAGCGCUUUGCUAACAUGAAGGAAGGUGGAAAAAUAGUAUCUUCCAAACCUUUUGCACCUUUACAUUUUAGAAUAAACAGUCGAAACUUGAGUGACAUUGGCACAAUAAUGCGUGUGGUGGAGCUUUCUCCACUGAGGGGCUCCGUGUCCUGGACCGGAAAGCCAGUUUCCUACUACCUGCAUACCAUAGACCGCACCAUACUUGAAAACUAUUUUGCUAGCCUCAAAAAUCCUAAACUCAGGGAGGAGCAAGAGGUAGCGAGGCGACGUCAGCAGAAGGAUACGAAGGAUAGUAAAAGCAAUAGCACCACGCCAACAAAACCUAAAGAACAAUGCAAGCAGGACUCCUGCGGCGAGGAGGAGCGUCCGAGCUUGGUGGCGGUGGUCAAGCCUCCGGCCAAACCCCGACGUGCCCGACUCCUGCCCAAAGCUCGCAAGUUGAACAACAACAACAACAAGAAGCGCGGUCGACCCAAGAAAGCCGCCCCGGCCGCCGCUGAGAAGAAGAACAAGAAGAACCAGAGCGCGUUGGACCUGCUGCACGCCAAGACCCUUUCUGCCGCGCCACCUCAGGAUGCGUACCGCCCGCCUCAGAGUCCCUUCUACCAGCUGCCUCCCAAGGCCCCGCACUACCCCUCGAGUCAACUGCUUCAGAGCCCGACUCCCCCCGGUCUGCAGCAGCUGCUCGACAACAUCAAAGUUCAAUACCUCCAGUUCAUGACCCACAUGAAGACUCCUCAGUACCGAUCCAACCUGCAGCAGCUUUUAGAGCAGGAGAAGCAAAAGCACCGGGAUCUGUCGGGGCAGGCGGAGCAGCUCCACUCUGUUUGUCAGUCCCACAAGGACCGGAUCAAAGGCCUCUUUCAGACCAAACUCGAUGAGCUGGGAGUAAAAGCGUUGACUGUGGAGGACCUGCUGCAGGCCCAGAAGGAGAUAUCGGCCCACAAUCGUCAGUUGAAGGAGCAGACGAAGCAGCUCGAGAGAGACAUGGCCUUGCUGAGAGACCACAGCCUGCUGCUGCUGAAGUCUCGGUGUGAGGAGCUAAAGCUCGAUUGGGGCUCUCUGUGUCUGGAGAGCUUGCUGAAGGAGAAGCAGGCGCUACGCAGGCAGAUCUCUGAGAAACAGAGACACUGUUUGGAGCUGCAGAUCAGCAUUGUGGAGCUGGAGAAAAGUCAAAGGCAGCAGGAGCUGCUUCAGCUCAAAUCCUACAGCCCGCGUGACGGCUCCCCGUACAGAAAGAGCCUGGAGCCCCGCUCCACCGCCGACGCGGACCCCUCUAAGCUGGGCCCGGCCCUCAACGGGGUCGGCAUGGAGCUGUCCGUCAACGGCACCGCCUCUCUGUGUUUCGACCGGGCCGGCGCCAAGGCGGAGCUUCUCUCCGGCUACCUGCCAAUCUCUCCCGACCACGAGAUCGCUCCGGCCGCCCCCGAUGCGCGCCAGAGGCAGCAGAGCUCCUCCUACGCUCUCCCCGACUACACGCGCUUCUCCCCCGCCAAGAUCGCCUUGCGGAGGCACCUGAACCAGGACCCGACUGCCUCUGCUCACUUGAGAGGCCCGGGGCUGACACACAGGGAAUUUGGAGGUGUCAGCUCUCCGCUUGGAGCCAAACUGAACUGCCCGUCUCCUAAUGCAUCGGAUAUCCAGAACAAAGGUUUCGAGAGGGCCGGUAAGGAGAGGAGUCCAUCUGUUCAGGGCGACAACAGCAUUACAAGCCUUCCAAUAAGUAUCCCCCUGAGCACAGUGCACCCGAGUAAACUGCCAGUCAGCAUCCCUCUGGCGAGCGUGGUGCUGCCCAGCCGGGUGGAGAGACUGAGAAGUACUCCGAGUCCUGUGUCUCAGGCAGGUCAGACCAAUGGAUAUUCAUCCAGCUCAGGACUGAUGAAUGGAGGUCCCCAUCCUGAGGACCAUAACGGUGCUUCUUCUUCCCCUUCACCGAAUCCCAACUUUGCUUCGUCAGGACCAAUGGGAAGAGGGGGUCCCAUCCAGAGCCCGCCCCUCAGCACCGGAGGGGUGCUUCAGUAUGCAGACGGACCCCCAAGGAUUCCCCCCGAAGACGGACAGGAUCGCCACGGAGGAGAAUCGGACACGGAGCCCCAGGACGGCGAACUGCGCAGGAGAAUCUUCUUCUCUUCGUCCUCCUCUUCCUCCUCGUCUUCCUCCUCGUCAGGCAGCGGAGGCAGCCUGGCCGUAGGAUCCCGCCUCCACCAUCACACUGGCAACAAGCAGGGGCACCACAGUAACCACGGAAACCACCACCACCACCACCAUCAUCACGCCCCCGGCACGCAGCACACCCACGCGCCCACGCCGCCGCCGCAUUCCUCGCACGGCCUCGGCUCUCAAGAGGGACGCAGGCGCGGGAGAAGGAAACGCAGCUCCACUGUGGCGGUUGCGGCCAGCGGAUCCCCGAAGAGGAGGUCCUUCACCGGGCUCGGCUCCAACAACCCCUCCUCGGGGUCGCCACUCAACAUCAACUCCAUGGUGAACAACAUCAACCAGCCUCUGGAGAUCUCGGCCAUCUCCUCCCCAGAGCAGUCCAGCCGCAGCCCCGUGGGGGCCGACCUGGACCAGCCCCCCGUCCUGAAGAGAGAGCGGCCCCUGGAGCUCAACGGCUCGGGCCGAUACUCUUCUGGCCCCAGCUCCGACGACGAGGACUCGGGAUACCCCGCCGACGGCUCCAGCUCCCGAAUUGAAAGAAAAAUUGCCACGAUAUCCUUGGAGAGCAGAGAUGGACCCGGUAGACAUGGGGAAGGGGAAAGAGUCCGGAAAUCUGGCAGCAGCAGCAGCAGCAGCGGUAACAGCACCGGCAGCGACGGCUCCUCCUCGUCGUCCCUGUCUUCCAACAGCAAGUGGAAAUCCACCUUUUCACCCAUUUCCGACCCCAAGCAGCCCAACGCCGACCCGCGGCAGGGGGGCUCUCCGUUCGGCAUGGGGGGGUCGAGCCGGGGCACCGACUCGGACUCUGACCACAAACAGCAGCAGCAGCAUCAGCAUCAGCAGGCGAGGAAAGGAAGUGACGGCGAGUCGCCCAACUACGGGAACCCCAACCCCUUCCUCAGUCAGGACGCGGCGGGGCCACGGGGCGGGGGCCACGGAGGCGGCGGCUCGGACCAACGCCAGGCCCUCCCCAAACAGAAGCCCCCCCGCGACUGGGAGAUGAAGACGAGCGGCAGCCUGGCCAGUCAGAACCUCUUCAUAUCUGCCGCCGCCAGCAGUGGCGGGGGCAUUCUGAGUGGCAAGGUGGGGGGCAGUCCCGUAGCGGUUUCCUCGAGCACGGGGUCCUCCGCGGGGCAGUACCUGGGGUCGCACUUCCCGCUCGGGGGGACCUCGGUCUUGCAGUCGCUGUUCGGGGCCCAGACGGGCGGAUCCACGGUGAGUGGCACCCCGAGGCUCGUCAACGGACACUCUGCCCUGGGGGGCUUCUCCAGCGCCGGGCUGGCAGGGGGAGCAGCUGGAGGUAAUUGUUGAAAACUACCUCAAAAUGAAAUGAACUAUGCAAAUGUCCAGCUGUGGUCGGAGGCGCUCUGCUCGCUCACUGGUGCUUCACAAGGUCUGCACUACGACCGGCUUCUGUACUGGGACACACACACACACACACACACACCGGGCCACUAUAGUCGCCUUGAACAGAAUUCAUAGGUAGUGGUCAUGUUCUUGGGUGCUAAAAUAUUGUUUGAAAGAUUUCCCAAUAAGGAAAUCCGUGCUUGCUGCUGCUCAGCACUGACCGGAUGUCUGCUUUAAAUUAAAGGUGCUCUUGUCUUCGUGUCUCGGUCAGGAUCAAAGCGGUCUGUUUCACUGAUUUAAUGUGACAUUUGAUCUGAAUCCCGUCACGUUCCUUCCAAAGUCUCCCUUCCCACACAGACCAGUUCUCUGCACUCUGCUCAGAUGUCAUGCAAGCUACGCUCUUGCGUCUGUUUUCCUUCUUUCGGGUGUAAUUAAAUAUUUGUUGGGUAUGUAACAGGAACAUUUGGUCUAACUUCACACUGGAUAAAAAGAUGCAGUUUCUCAUGGUGCAGAAGAUGUGUGAGGCUGGAUGGUGACACACACCUAAAGCUCAUGCUUACGUUGAUGAUUUCAUAUAUUUUACAUGUUCAACUAAAUUUGUGAGUGGUGGAAACAUCUUAAAAAGCAAAAACUACGUUCACAUUAUGAAAAUAAGUCUUCGGGUGUCUCAAAUAUUCAACAUAACGGUGAAAGUUUUGUUAUUUUCUCACAAUGUUAUUUUUUUUGUGCAACAGAAACUAAGCAUAAUGUUAUUUCUCUAAAUUAAUUAACUUAAUAAUAUGGAAGUGGGUGUAUGUUUUAAAGGCUAAUGUUUUGCCUUAUUUUGAAAAAUGCUGAGUUAGCAGCCUUUCAAAGGAGCUGAUAAUGCUGAGCUUUCUUUUUUUUUUCAUUGGAAAACAAACCAACAUGAAAUUCAUUGAAUGAAAUGGUGCUAUAUGCUCAUUGUCAGCCACUUGAUGUAUUUAUUUACAUCUUCUUCCUCGGGCCGAUUUGGUAAAUCACACUACUAUCUGGGAACAGCUGAAAUACUUUUAACGCUGGAGUCUUUAACUCUUAAGCUAAACUUAUUCGUAUUUAUCUCUGCUGCCAAAUCUUAAGGACACAAGAGGUGACUGUAGAUUAUAGUUGAUACAAACACACACAUCUUCACACUGAGAAAACAACGACCCACAAAUAACUACUGGACUCUCUUUAUACCAAUUUGUUUGCGUUUUUAAAAAAAUAAUGUAAUUUUUAAUUUUGUGAACUGUUUGUACUGUGAAUGUGAUUAAUUCGCCGACUGUAUAGUUGUGUAUAAUUUAGAUUAUAUUUAUGCCCUGUGUCUAUUUGCCUUGAUAUUUUCUUUCUCUUUUUUUUUUUAUCCUGAAAUUUGUUUAUAUUGAGUGUUUGUGCGUGCGUGUGUGUGUACUUGACUCAGUCUGAAAACAUUGGUGCUAAAUUAGGAUUAUUUAUUCUACAGUGAAAACAUCAAAACUUGGUGCUGUACACGGGGACGUUUGUAAAGCAGAUUGCUGGCUUUUUAUUUUGUUUUUGUCUCCCGUUUAAUAUGCGAUCUGGUUCUUUUUGAAGUCCCCCCCCCCCCCCCCCCCCCCCAAGUGAGCCGCCUCUCUUUCACUUAACAAGACGCACUGUUUUUGUACAUAUACGUUUUUGUCCCGACACCCUAAAUGGAAAGGUAUAUUAAAUAAAUAUACAUACUAUAUACAGUUUAUAUAUAAGUAUAAAUAUAUAUAUAUGAAAGAAUAGGGCUGACACAGCCCCCCCCCCCCCCCCCUUCCCCCCUCUCGCUCCCUGAGAAGAGCAGAAACCCGGACCCUGCAGUCAACACACGCAAACAACGGUGCUGUGGCUCCAACGCAACUCAACGUCAUGACUUUCAUCCGAUGCCCCCCCUCCCCCCUCCCUCCAAUUUCUCUUUCAUCAAAACAAGAUUCUUCAGGAAACAAAACGGUGCUUCAGUCUCCAAAUGAAAUCUGGAACUUAUGAACCAAAUCUUUUACUGGUGCAUAAAGAUAUGAACACACACACACAGCUUGCCCCCCCCCCCCCCCCCCCCCUUUUUGGUGCAUAUUUAAGGGAAGAAUAGUCAAAGCUUUAUUGUACACGUCUGUCCUGUGCAUUCACACACGUGAGAGUCCUUCUAGACCGAUUAGAGAUUCGUCCGUUUUCUUACCGGCGCUCGGGGGUCUUUUUGUAUUAAUUGUCGAUGCCGUUUUGAUUUUCCUAAUCUUGGUCUUUGAUACAACUGCAGUUCCACGUUACUGCUGCUUUUGAAAUGUGAUUCCCGUGGGGGUUUUUUUUCAGACGGCACGGUGCUCUCCUUCACUUAAAACCAGGAAACGUGCAGCUACACAUGAAUACUACUCCUGUUUUCGUGGUUCGGUAAUCUGCGACACGCGCUUUCGGGGCGACGUGUGUGUGUGCGUGUGCCAGUGAGAACGGUCGAUGGGAAACGGCUGAAACCAUCGUUGAAGCGUCCUCCUUCCUGUUGCGUUACUCGGCUUUGCAGUCGAGGCCGUUUACUCCGAAUCCUGCCAAAGGUCUUCACUCAGGAACGAAACUAUUUCCCCUCGACGACUCCUUCACGUCACCGCCUUGAUUUAAGCCCUCCUUUCCAAGCCGACUCAGGACCAGGGGCACACCCUUGGCACGGGUGUUUUACGAGGAUCGAUUCUCAACUGUCACACACACACACACACACACACACACACACACACACACACACACACACACUCACUCACACACGCGUCUCCAGUGAAAACCAGCUCGGAGUCCAUUUGGCCUCCCGGAAGCUGUGAAACGGGACUUUCGGCAUCUUCCUCCUCAGGCUCGGGCCGCUGUUCUAGAUUCGCGUCUCCAAUUUGGCUCGCUUUGGUUGGGAUUGUCCCUUUGACUCGGGCGGGGGGGGGGGUGUUAAACACGCAGGGCACAUGUGACCUACACUGGGCCGUGAAGCCAGGGCAGGUUUGAGGUGCAAUAACGGCUAACGUAGUUUCCAAGAGGCCCCGGGGUUUUUCAUGACUUGUUACUGUUCCGUGUUGGUGCUUCUAUCCUAAGAUGUUAUAAUGAAAUAAAUGGAAUUUUUGUUUUUUCCCCUCCUGCAUUAUGAUUA